AACCAGUUUGUUGGGACCAUAAGCAGAUCCCACUGAAUUCUACGAUAUGGGCAGUGGAGUCAGCUCUGAAUCUAAAGAAUCAGCCAAAAGAUCAAGGGAACUUGAAAAAAAGCUGCAGGAAGAUGCUGUGAGAGAUGCCAGGACAGUCAAGUUGCUCUUACUAGGUGCUGGAGAAUCAGGGAAAAGCACAAUUGUGAAACAAAUGAAGAUCAUUCACAAACACGGCUACACAGACCAAGAGUGUCGGGAGUAUAGAUCUGUGGUAUACAGCAACACUGUGCAGUCGAUUCUGGCAAUUGUGAAGGCAAUGUCCACCCUUGGUAUUGAGUACGGAGACACAGAAAGGAAAGAAGAUGAAAAGCAGCUUUUUGUGAAGGCAGAUUCCAUGGAAGAUGGCACUAUGUCUCCAGAUCUGGCUGGAAUAAUCAAACGACUAUGGAAAGAUCCAGGGAUCCAGGCCUGUUUUGAAAGGGCAUCUGAAUACCAGCUCAAUGAUUCAGCUGCCUAUUAUCUGAAUGAUUUGGACAGACUAACCACCCCUGACUACAUACCAAAUGAACAGGACGUCCUUCGAUCACGAGUCAAGACAACGGGGAUUAUUGAGACUCAGUUUUCUUUCAAGGAUUUACACUUCCGGAUGUUUGAUGUGGGAGGUCAAAGAUCUGAGAGGAAAAAAUGGAUUCACUGCUUUGAAGGUGUGACUUGCAUCAUCUUCUGCGCUGCCCUCAGUGCCUAUGACAUGGUCCUUGUGGAAGAUGAAGAAGUGAACAGAAUGCAUGAAAGCCUCCACUUGUUCAACAGCAUCUGCAAUCACAAAUACUUUGCAACCACUUCUAUUGUGCUAUUUCUAAACAAGAAAGACCUCUUCCGAGAAAAGAUAACUAAAGUGAAUCUUAGUGUCUGCUUUCCAGAAUACAAUGGAUCAAACACCUUUGAAGAUGCAGGAAAUUAUAUCAAGGACAAGUUCUUAAAUCUGAACAUAAGAAAAGACGAUAAGGAGGUAUAUGCCCACAUGACCUGCGCUACGGACACCCAGAAUGUUAAGUUUGUCUUUGAUGCUGUGACAGACAUCAUCAUCAAAGAGAACCUGAAGGAUUGUGGUCUCUUCUAGCACAUUGCCCUUUUGAAACUUUUUCUGUUUUUAUUGGUGAAAGGAGUCUCUGAUUAAAUUGGUGAAAGGAGUCUCUGAUUAAAAGAAAAAAAAUAGGAAAUAGAAAUUAUAUUCUAUGGACCAGGGCUUUUUUCAGGUAGUUAAAAAGUUUCAGUUUCACAGUUUAAAUGCUCCAAUUUACUAUGCUGUUAUAAAGUUACUUCCAAGUUCACUGAAGAUUAGAAUGGUGCAACUGUUUAGGAUUGCACUGCUGAUCAAAUAAGCAAAGAAAGAAGAAUAAGAGUUUGGAUUCAUAUCUUUCUUUUGCGAACCAUAAGGAGUCUCAAAGCAGCUUACAAACUCCUUUCCCUC